AUGGAUGCAGAAACUAUAGAAUCAAUUGAUUUAAUACUAUCAUUUUCAAGCAAUAUACCAAGUAUAUUAGAUACACAGCGCCGAAAUGAAAUUUUACAAAGUCUUCAAGAAAUUUGCGUUUCAUAUUUAGCAAUUGAUCAAUCAAUUGAGUUAUUUCACUCAUUAACAAAAGACGAAUCUAAACAAUUCAUCCUCGAUAAUAUUUGCGUCAAUUUAACAAGUAGAUGGAACGAAUUACUUGAAAAUGUCGAAAUUCUCGAACAAAUAAGAUCAUUUAUCUAUAGCACGUGUGUUCAAAACUUCAAAUCAUACUCAUUCGAUAUUCAAAAACUAAUUGGAAAAGUUCAAGUAAUUUAUGCAAUGAAUACUUUCCCGGAAAUAUGGCCAAAUUUGUUUGAAGAGACUUUCUUUGAUACUGAUCAUAUCGAAAUUGCCAUUAAUUUUAUAUAUUGUCUCUGCAAUUUAAUUUAUAAUGUUCAUUUUUUUCGAUUAUCUACUUAUACGCAAUUCAUUAAUACUCUAAAUUCAUACGAUAUUACAACUGCUAUGUUUAAUCUAAUCACUCACGGCUUAACUUUAAAAAUUCCAUUAUCAUUCGCAACUCUUGGAUUUUUUACAGUAAUUUUCAGGAACGAAUGGAUUUCUAGCAAUGACUAUAUCAAUGUGUUAACAGAUAAUCUAUUAGAUCAAGAUUUACAGCCUUAUAUUUUAGAAUCUCUUAGAUAUGUAUUAAAAUCAUCAAUUCCUUUAGAAACAAAGCAGAAAUUAUACACAGAAGACUUUCAAAUCUUCAAUUUACUACCACAACUAACAAAAACUGAGUCAAUAAUCCAAGCAUCAUAUCUUAUAUAUAAUUUAGUACUUUUGAAUCAAAAAGACAUGGAAUUUCUUGGUUCUAUCACUGAAUCUCUUAUCAUUCCUUAUUUUCAGUGUAAUGAUGAAAUAAUAAUUUACAACAUUGCGAGUUCCCUUCAUUCCAUAAUACUAAAAGACCCAGAAUCGUAUAUAAGACCAGUUGCAUCUGCUGCCAUCGCGUGUUUGAACGAAAUUAACCAUAUGAUAAGUUAUAUUACGCCUCCGAAGCAUGUUUGGGCCAUUUUAAACCUAAUUGAGCAAUGUUUUGUUGCAAAUUUGAUGGCAACUGCUGAAACUUUCGAUGAAUUCUUAAAUACUAAUUUUUCAUCUCCUCUUGAAGACAUUUGCAUUGAUUCUUUGUGUUUUCAAGUGCUACGGAUCUAUAGAGCAACAACUUUGAAGUACAAAGUCGUUAAUAUGUACACUAGAUACAAUGAUUUUAUAAAUUCUUACAAUAAUAUGCUAAAUCCAGAAACAUGGGGUUCAGCAAUAGAUGAAACACAGCAAUUAUUGUUUACUACGUACUUUGCAACUGUACUUACCAUUCCAACUUUUUAUUCUUCAGAACAAAUUUCAAAAUUAUUUAUAUCUUGUGCAACAAUAUUGAUUAACAUAUCAGAAACCAAAUGUGAUGCCUUCUAUGCCACAUCUAAUCUACUCUUGGCCUUCACAAACAAGUGUGGACAUCAAAUUGUUGCAGAUGACGCAGAACAUAAGAUGAUCUUUGGUCUGUUGAGGACACUGGACCAUUAUUUAUGUAGUAUCGCUGUCCACAUCAUCGAAUCUAAGGAAAACAUGAUGGCAAACCAACCAGACAUCUUAUGCAGUUGUUUGCCUGCAUUGUCAGCUGUUUUUCAGAUAGAAAAUGAAAAUAUAAGGAUUGAAUCAAUACUUUCUGCGAUUUCUUUCCUUUCUUCGAGAAAUAAUCCGAUUGAUCGACCAGAUAUCUCUUCUCAGAUUGCAGCUUUCCUCAUGAAAUGCGUAGAAGUGUCUGGAGAAAACGAUAGGGUCAUCGGAAAUAUAUUAUCUUAUCUUCCAAAAAUUGGAGAUAUUGGAUUUGAACUUUAUCAAGUUUUAUCUAACCGAGAGCUUGUAUUAUGCACUCUUAAGGGCUGCGCAACUGCUCUUAUGCAGUUUUAUGAGGUAUCUGUGAAAGAUAUUGACAAUCUUUUGAAACUGAAACAAAUUGUGCUGUCAGAAGAUUUUAUUAAUGAAACAUUCAGCCAAAUGACGAAUUCUCUUAUCAAUUCGUUGCUUCCUGAGUAUGAAUCUUGCAAUCCAGCGAUAAUUGACCAAAAUGAUGCAAAAGAAGCGAUUUCAAGAUACAUAGAUUGCGGUUCGAAGUUCAUCAAGUACUUGCAUCAAGAUAUCGCACAGAUUUUCAUUGAAUUUGUUCAAAAUUUUGUGACAAAGCACGACACUAUUAAUUCUGUUUUUAAUUCUAUUUGUUCAUUCAUACAGAACGUCAUUUCCCAUCCAAUUGAAUUCUUUGAUCCAUUUUCUUUGCUUGAAAAUCUUCAUUCUUUCUUGAUUUCACCAGGAAUUGAUCCAAACAAAGGAUUUGUACUCCCUAUUUCUUAUUAUUCAAUGAUGGCUGCCGCUUGCAAAGCAAAUUUUGAAAGUUUGCAGCAAGUUUUAACAAAUGUUUUGCAGCCAUUUGGGGAAAUAGCUGAUAUCGUCGAAUUUUAUCUAUCUUGCUUCAAAACAGCUGAAGAUUUCUCAAAACUUCCUUCUGUUUUUGAAAUGUUGAUAUCUAUUCGAGGAAAUCUAUUUCUUUAA